GCUAUUGGCCAAGGGGGAAAGAAGGGGGGCUGCGUCACGAGAAGGGGCGGGGCCAAGGCGCCUCACGGAGAAGGCGGAAGCGGAGACCCACCGGAAGGAAGGGCAGCAGGUCUCCUGGACUCCCUUCCUUCCUUCUCAUGGCGUCGUCUUCAUCAGAGGGGCAGGAGCCUCCCCUAGAAGAUGGGGAGGGGGUCCCAGAGGAAGAGGCCCCCCUGGCAGAGGAGCUGUCGCUGGGCAUCGGGGCCGACCUGGAGGUGAACCCCUUUGACGGGCUGCCCUUCUCCUCCCGCUACUACCAGCUGCUGCGCCAGCGCCGGGCCCUGCCCAUCUGGGGGGCCAGGUUCGCCUUCAUGGAGCUGCUGGAGGGGGAGGCCGGGGGCGUCAUCCUGGUCUCUGGGGAACCGGGCACCGGGAAGAGCACCCAGGUGCCCCAGUGGUGUGCGGAGCAUGCCCUCUCGCUGCAGUUCGCCCACGGCCAGGUGGUCUGCACCCAGCCUCACACCCUGGCCGCCCUCAGCCUGGCCCUCCGUGUGGCCGACGAGAUGGACCUCAACGUGGGCCACGAGGUGGGCUACUGCGUCCCCUACGACGACUGCUGCACCUCCGAAACUCUCCUCAGGUUCUGCUCCGAUGAGGUGCUUCUGCGGGAGAUGACCUCGGACCCUCUGCUGCGCCAGUACGGGGCGGUGGUCCUGGACGAGACCCAGGCCCGCACAGUACCCACUGACCUCCUGCUGGGCCUCCUGAAGGACGUCCAGCGCCAGCGGCCGGAGCUGCGCCUGGUGGUGGUGACGGAGCCGCCCAUGGAGCAGUCCCUGGGCCACUUUUUCCCAGAGGUUCCCCUGGUGAGGGUCCCGGGGUCCGGCCCAGCGCCCCGCCUUACCCACCGGGAGACCCCACUGGGGGAGCGUGUCUCGGCUGCCUCCCAGGCCGCCCUGGAGCUCCAUCGGCAGAAGGAGCCUGGAGAUGUGAUGCUCUUCCUGGCCAGCGAACAGGAAGUCAGCGAGUGUUGUGAGGCCAUCCGCCUGGAGGCUGCCACCCUGGACCCUGCGCUGGGCCCGCUGCUAGUGCUGCCCCUCCACCCAGCUGUGGGGCGAGAGGUCCAGCGGGUGUAUGAGGCAACAGACGGGGACCGGAUGCGCCGGAUCAUCGUCUCCCACUGGAUGGCGGACGCAGCCUUCUCCAUGGGGAGCGUCAGGCAUGUCAUUGACUCCGGCCUCGAGCUGCGCAGUGUUUACAACCCACAGAUCCGGGCUGAGUCUCAGGUCCUGCGCCCCAUAAGCAAGAAGCAGGCCGAGGCAAGGAGGCUGAGGGCAGCUGGGAGCCCCCCAGGGUCCUGCCUGCGCCUCUACGCAGAGUCCGCCUACGCGCAGCAGCUGCCAGACUUCCCUCCAGCCGGCAUCACCGAAGCCAACCUCAGCCGCCUGGUCCUGCUGCUGAAGCGCCUGGACAUCGCCGACAUGGGGCAGUGCGACUUCCUUGACCGGCCAGGCCCCGAGUCUCUCAUGCAGGCCCUGGAAGACCUGGACUACCUGGCUGCCCUUGACGAUGACGGGAACCUCUCCGAGGUGGGCAUCAUUAUGUCCGAGUUCCCCCUCGACCCCCAGCUUGCCAAGGCCCUCCUGGCCGCCUGUGAGUUCGACUGUGUUGAUGAGAUGCUCACCUUGGCUGCUAUGCUGACAGCCUGGCCCUGCUUCCUGACUCCCCAGACCCGCUGGGAGGAAGCGGUGGCCGCCCGGCAACGAACCCUGCUGCACCCGGCGGGAGACCACUUCACCCUCAUCAACAUCUUCAAUGCUUUCCACCAGCAGAGCGACCCGGAGAGCUGGUGCCGGAAGCACGGGGUGAGCGAGGGGGCACUGCGGCUGGCGGGGGCCGUGCGGGCAGAGCUCCUGGAGGUCAUGCAGCGGAUCGAGCUCCCGGUCUCCCCGCCGGCCUUCGGCUCGGACAGCAACGUCCUCCACCUCAAGCAAGCCCUGCUCUCGGGAUUCUUCCUGAAGGUGGCCCGGGACAUCGAUGGCUCUGGCAACUACCUGCUGCUGACCCACAAGCACCUGGCCCAGCUGCCCCCCAGCUGCUGCUAUCGCCUGCGCCGACCUCCCCCACGGCCUCCUCCCUGGCUGCUCUACCACGAGUUCACCAUCUCCCAGGACAAUUGCCUGAGUGUCGUCUCCGAAAUCCAGCCAGAGAUGUUGGCCCAACAGGCCCCCCAGUACUACCUGAGCAAUCUGCCGCCCAGCGAGAGCCGGGACCUGCUGCUGGAGCUGCGAGAGAAGCUUUCGGGCGAAGAGGAGGAGGAGGAGGAGGAGGGAGUGUCCCCGGCGAAAGUGGCCUCCUCACCACAAGACGAGGGGCCAAACGCCACCAAGGCCGCCACCGCCUCUGAGGGCAGAGAAGACGUCUGUGUGGUGCAGUGAGGACAGAGCAAGGCUAGGCCUAUACCUGCCCAGGAGGGGAAAUCACUGGGGAAAGGAGGAGGAGGAGGGCCUCAGGCCUGCGUCAUUGGCAUCCUCUGGGGCGGCACGUGGUACCCUGGGCUUCGGAGGGGCCUUGGGGGUGCCUGGGGGUGCAAGAAUGGGUGCUUUCUGGGAAGAGCAGGGACUCAGGGCCAUGUUUCCCUUGAUGUGGACGCUUUGCGGAGUGACUCCCACCUGCCCCCAGGCACCUGGAGGCCAGGUAAGAAGCCAGGUAGGACAGGGUUAGAUGGGGUGACGGGGCUACUUGCAACGUGGAACUCGUGCCCUGUGCUUCUGCUGAUGGGGGUUGGCUGCACCCUCCCUGCACCUGGGACACCUGGGAACGUCUCCCCGGAGCCUUUGUUCCCGGUGCGUGGCAGUGCUCAACCCACGGAGGACCAUAAAGCUCCUAUCUGCCCUGAACGGUUGGACAAGUCUCAAUCCUCCUGUAGCGGGUCAGUGGUCGCCUGAGUUGCCGCCAGUCAUUCCUGGGGCAGGAGACCCCUCGUGCGGGUCGGGGGUGAGAAGAAGGCCCUUCACUAAGGAAACAGCAUGGGGGGCCCUUUCCUUUGGGGGUCCUGCUCGCCCUUGACUUGGACGUCUUGGCCUGCAUCCCUUUGGCCUUCUGUGGGGCACGAAGCCCCAGGCGGGGGAUUUUUCCACAAGGGAAGAGGGUGGGCGUGGGGUGUGCGUGUGUGGCUUGCUCAUGGGAAUCUCAUGGGGGGGGGGGGGAUUGUGCACAAUAGUCUUUGUGGGCUGAUCGUAAAGGACACAAUCGCAAUCUGGCUGCCCUCCGCUCUAAGGGCUUACUGUGUGACUCCUUUCGGAAACACGAAAUAAAUAAAUCAAGAGAUCAAUAAAGCUUUUUAAACUCC